AUGUCGCUUGCUUGUGAUCUUGUGGUGUCAUCCAGGAAGUGGAGAUGUGAUUGCCCGCUCAUCACAACCUUUAUUUGGUUUGAUGAUGAACAUGAGGAGUGGAUUGCAUUUGAUGAUGUUUGUUACCAUGUUCAGGUGACAGUGAAGAAUCCAAACCUCUUGUUGCUUGUGGUUUCGUUACCAAAUCCACCACCUGAAGCAAUGUCCUUUGAUGGACUUCCAUUAGGAGCUAUAGAAGCCUCUCAGAGAUCCACGAUGGCUAUUACAAUUAGUUUAAGUUUUAGAUCUGCAUUUGUCGGGAUUAACGAAAUCCGGACAAUCUCCGGUGGUUGGGUUAGGUCCGUUGUGGCUGAGCUCCGAGAUGGAUCGUCGCACCAGGGUACUGUAACAUCAAUGGAACCGAAUGAAGGCACUUUCGUUCUUCACACUGAAAACACUAAGAAAGGAAAAAUCAAUCCUGUUCAUCUUGUUGAUGUUCCUGGGCACUCUCGGCUUCGACCCAAGCUUGAAGAAUUCUUGCCCCAAGCAGCUGCCAUUGUGUUUGUAGUGGAUGCCUUGGAGUUCCUCCCAAACUGUCGUGCAGCUUCAGAGUACCUAUAUGAUAUUUUGACCAAUGCGAAUGUUGUCAAGAACAAGAUUUCAGUCCUCCUUUGCUGUAACAAGACAGAUAAACUCACUGCACACACCAAGGAGUUUAUUCGGAAGCAGAUGGAGAAAGAAAUUGAGAAAUUGAGGGCUUCUAGGAGUGCGGUAUCUACAGCUGAUAUAGCGAACGACUUCAGCAUUGGAAUUGAAGGAGAAGUGUUCUCCUUCUCGCAUUGCUACAACAAAGUCACUGUAGCUGAGGCAUCUGGACUCACCGGAGAAACCGUCCAGAUCCAAGACUUCAUUCGAGAAUACAUCAAGCCUUUAGCUCAAACGUGCAUUAAUAGAUUGAAUCUACGACUAGAUUCUUAUGCCUUUGGUCUGUGACUUUGAUUUGAGUUUAGUGAUCCUUUUUGUAUAUGAGUUCUUUGUUUGCUCAUUGUGGUUCUAAAAGAUAGGAGACAGAGGAGGAAGAUGAAGAUAGGAGACAUAGGGGUAGAUGAAGAUAGGAGAUUUAUCGAUCUUGUAUAUUUUUAUUGAUGUAGUAUUUUAAUAAAAGGUUUUUGUAU